AUGGAGCUGUUAUUUCUUAGUACAUCAAUAUAUUUUUUGAAAGCCCAAUCGGUGUUCUACAGUGGUGAUGUCACUCAAAAUUGUUCAUCAUCAUCACCAUGUCAUCGUCGUUAUCAUGGUCAUGAUCAUCAUGGUCAUGAUCAUCAUGGUCAUGAUCAUCAUGGUCAUGAUCAUCAUGGUCAUGAUCAUCAUGGUCAUGAUCAUCAUGGUCAUGAUCAUCAUGGUCAUGAUCAUCAUGGUCAUGAUCAUCAUGGUCAUGAUCAUCAUGGUCAUGAUCAUCAUGAUCAUCAUUUAAAUCAGCAGCAUCAGCAUUACCACCAUCAUCAUAAUCAGCAGCAUCACCAUCACCACCACCUCCACCAUCAGCAUCAGCAUCACCAUCACCAUCAAGAUACAAACGAAAACACUUUUGUCGUUCUGAAUCCCCAUUUCGCACAGUGUAGUCUGCGCACCGCGCUGCACGGCGUGCAUGAGAUUCGCUCGUCAUGCACUCUCCAGGCUCCCCAGCCCACUACACCAGUUUACAGCUCUAGGUCAGAGCCGCGCCGGGGCAUUGGCCAGGUAUUGGCAUCUCUGCAGGUGGCCUUGGCUGCGCCUUGGCUGUGCCCGCCGCUCGGGUAA